GGUCAAAGCCAGAGUGGAGGCCACGGUCCAGGGGGAGGCAAGAAGGAUGACAAGGAUAAGAAAAAGAAGUAUGAGCCUCCAAUUCCCACUAGAGUUGGUAAGAAGAAGAAGAAGACCAAGGGACCAGAUGCUGCCAGCAAACUACCAUUGGUCACCCCUCACACUCAAUGCCGCCUUAAGCUGCUGAAGCAGGAGCGAAUCAAAGACUACCUACUGAUGGAGGAGGAGUUUAUCAGGAACCAGGAGCAGAUGAAACCCCUAGAAGAGAAACAGGAGGAGGAGAGGUCAAAGGUGGACGACCUGAGAGGGACUCCCAUGUCUGUGGGCACCCUGGAAGAAAUCAUUGAUGACAACCACGCCAUCGUUUCCACCUCAGUGGGAUCAGAGCACUACGUCAGCAUCCUGUCUUUUGUGGAUAAGGAUCUGCUUGAGCCAGGUUGCUCUGUCCUGCUCAACCACAAGGUUCAUGCUGUGAUUGGGGUGCUGAUGGAUGACACUGAUCCCUUGGUGACAGUGAUGAAGGUGGAGAAAGCCCCACAAGAAACCUACGCUGACAUCGGUGGACUGGACAAUCAGAUCCAGGAGAUCAAGGAGUCGGUGGAGCUGCCUCUUACACAUCCAGAGUAUUAUGAGGAGAUGGGCAUUAAGCCUCCUAAAGGUGUCAUCCUGUAUGGCCCACCUGGCACAGGUAAAACGUUGCUCGCUAAGGCCGUAGCCAAUCAGACAUCGGCCACCUUCCUGCGUGUGGUGGGCUCAGAGCUGAUCCAGAAGUACCUGGGAGACGGACCCAAGCUGGUCCGAGAGCUCUUCAGGGUGGCAGAGGAACACGCGCCCUCCAUCGUCUUCAUCGAUGAGAUCGAUGCCAUUGGCACUAAAAGGUAUGACUCUAACUCUGGAGGUGAGAGGGAGAUCCAGAGGACUAUGUUGGAGCUGCUCAACCAGCUGGACGGCUUCGACUCGCGGGGAGACGUGAAAGUUAUCAUGGCCACUAAUCGGAUAGAAACCCUGGACCCAGCCCUCAUCAGACCCGGGAGAAUCGACCGAAAGAUCGAGUUUCCUUUGCCGGAUGAGAAGACCAAGAGGAGGAUCUUCCAGAUCCACACCAGCCGCAUGACAGUAGCAGAUGAUGUCACCCUUGAUGACCUCAUCCUGGCUAAGGACGACCUAUCAGGAGCAGACAUCAAGGCCAUCUGCACAGAGGCCGGCCUCAUGGCUUUGCGAGAGCGCCGUAUGAAAGUCACCAACGAAGACUUCAAGAAGUCCAAGGAGAACGUCCUGUACAAGAAGCAGGAGGGCACACCAGAGGGGCUUUACCUUUAACCCUUAAACUUUUUAUGUUUCUCUCACCACCAUCCCCCUCACCCCUCCACCUCUAUCUAUCGCUGUGUGAAAGAGAGGAGGCAGCAGUUGAGUUGUCUGUCUCCCCCAGAGAGAGUUUUGAUAUAUUUUGUGCAUGUCAUGUCUGGCUUAUCCCACUCUCCUGUUACCGUUAUAUGUUAAGACAGUAAAUAAAUUGACAAAAAAAAAAAAA